AUGGCUUCCCGUUCCCCAGUCGCCGACCCAUCCAGGUUCGCCAUCGGUUUAGGCAUCGGCUGCGCCCACGUCCUGGUGCCGGUUCUCGGCUUCCUGGAGAGGGUUACCUCUACGCACGAGCGCGACCCCGUCCUCAUGCUCGUCAUCUUGCUCGCGCUCCUGCUCCCGUUCGCCUACCUCCGACUGGCCGCCGACGGCUACCGCCGCAGCGUCGGGCGCAGCAAUAACGUCACCCCGGAGCAGGCCGCUGGUGCCCCGUCACCAGCAGCGGAGCUGGGAUGGCUCGGGAAUCUGGCCAGCAUCAAGCUCGCCCUCGCCCUCGCCUUUCUUGUCUUCGGUUUCGUGCUUUUAUAUGACCGCCAAUGUCAUGCUCCGCCGCUCGUAAGUCGUAACUGA